AGAGCCCAGCUGAAAUAUCCGAAAACCAGCGACGGCUUUGACACCAGAUGCUCUGCUCCUCUACAAAAGCUCUGCUCCUCCGCUGCAGAAAUCUCCGCGCCCCUCUCGCCUCCUCUUCUCCUUCUUCUUCUGCUCUGCCGUUUCCCAUUCCCUUCUCUCCUUCGGUAGCUCAGCAAACCCUUCUCUCCCCUCGCCCAAUCUCGUCGCUCCCCGCGCCCGGCCCGCCGAUCAAGCCGCCGCCGCCUUUCGGUUGUCGGAGCUUCGUCUCGCGCGAUCGGAGAUCGAGCCGUGCCAUGGCGAGUCAGUCCUCGAAGGGUUCGAUUUACGACUUCACCGUCAAGGAUGCUCGAGGAAAUGAUGUCGAUCUCGGUUCCUACAAGGGCAAGGUCUUGCUGAUUGUCAACGUCGCUUCGCAGUGUGGACUGACCAAUUCAAACUACACUGAACUCAGUCAGGUCUAUGAGAAAUACAAGAAUCAAGGGUUGGAGAUAUUAGCAUUCCCAUGCAAUCAGUUUGGAGCUCAGGAGCCGGGGACAAAUGAGCAGAUCGUAGAAUUUGCUUGCACUCGAUUCAAGGCUGAAUAUCCCAUUUUUGAUAAGGUUGAUGUGAAUGGUGAAAAUGCUGAUCCUCUUUACAAGUUCCUGAAAUCAAGCAAGGGCGGACUCUUUGGGGAUAACAUUAAGUGGAACUUCUCCAAGUUCCUCAUCGAUAAAGAAGGAAAUGUCGUCGAUCGCUAUGCACCCACUACUUCUCCUCUUAGCAUCGAGAAGGACAUCAAGAAACUGUUGGGAGUGGCAUGAGCGCUGGAACUUCUUUUCCCCUGUGAGGAUGAGAAGUAAUCUGAAAAAUAAGCAUCCUCUUGACUCAUCAUGAGGAUACCUCUAAGAUGUCUACUUCGCAUGUUUUGUUGUUGAAUUUGCACUGCGUUAAUAAUGUAAAGAUGCCAAUAAAGUCCAGCUUCCGGUUUCCUACUGCUGUAUGAAAUCGUUCAGGAAACUAAAGGCGCUAAUUGCGGAUGUAGCAAGCAAGUUAUAAUAUUCUGGUGCUACGAUGCUAUAAGUUGGUUGAUUA